GAAAACGAAAACAACAUGGACAUAGUCAAAAUAUAGACAAGCUCUACUUGUUCUGUGGUUUGUAAUGAAAAAAAUCGUACCUAAUGUGUAUGAGACUGUGAAUUAACCAACCCUGAUAGGCCAAACAAGUGCCGGAGUCAUGACGUCCCGAGUUGUGAAAUGGAAAAAGGAGUUUUCAACAAAGACAUCCAAUUCGAUGCAGAACCAAAAACAAAAAUUUAACAGACCAGCAGUGAGAAACUAGUGCUGGUUUCAUCCUCUUUAGAACAAUGGCAGACGGCGACGGAAAACUUCCCUCCGAGGAACAACAGGAGCAGGAUAUUGAGAAGGUGCCUGUGGUAUUGAAUUUCAUAGAUAACAGAUAUCACUGCAAGCUGUGUCGGAACCAUACACAAAGCAGAAAUGCAUUUGAGGAGCAUAUUGCAUCUCACUGCCUGCUCCGACCUUACGUCUGCUUCCAAUGCAAAACGACAUUCAGACUGAAGGCAGAGAUGGACAAACAUGUGCAGUUGAAUCAUAAGAACAAGAAAGUGCGGUGUGGUAUGCAAGGAAUGAAAAAAGUGGAUGAACAUAUGAAACCUUUGCUGAAACAAGGGACAGUGACAUUUGAAGGAUUCCCAAGGAAAAAAAUGGAUGGAGGUUCUGUUAGUUCUGCCGUAGUGGGUUCCAAACGGAGGUUUUCAGUGAACAAUGACAAUAAAGCUGGGGAUAAAAAGGAAACCACGGAAAAAUCUACACAAGAAUCUGAAAAUCCGUCAAAAUCUGCAGAUUCUUCUGAAAGUGUCUUGCGUGAAGACGACAACGACAAAAGUAAGGUUGAUAACGGAAGAGUAACUGGAGAGUCAGUUGCAGUUGAUGGUUCAGAAGGGGAGGCAACUCAGGAUAGGAAAACACAAGUCACCAGAGCAAUCAGUAAAACAAUUGAUCAAAGUGUGAGUGAUAAACGUGUGUCAAAAAAUACAGACCGUGUUGGUGUGAGCUCGUUGAGUGUUGGUACAAGUGCAGGGGACAUAGACAAAAAUUCUACGCAUCAAAGCGAAAUGCAAGUAAAUGUUUCAACUUGUGAACUUGGCGAGGGAACUUCUGCUUCUACGUCCAAGACUGAUGAUACAUCUAACAUUACUUCUGGGCAGAACCACAAUGUACAAUCACGCCAGCUUGAGCCUGGUUAUCUCAGUCAGAAAAAAGCAUCAAAAACUGCUAAGAUGAACUGUGAUGUCGAGGACAACAUUUUGGACAGUGAUGACAAAUCCAGACUUGGUUCUACAGUUAGUGAUACUCUACAGAGUUGCACUGGUCAAGAAGAAAGUACAUCUGCUAAACCCAAACCUACCAGUAUUUCUGAAGACAAAAACGAACAGAAAACUGUUGAAUCGGAACAAGUCUCUGAUAGACAUUUUCAAAUUAAUUCUGAACAAGACGAAAGUGAAUGUAAUUCCAGCAAUGUAAUGAAGGAUCCUGGAUGUUCAGAUUUGUCACGGAGCAGGUCUUCAGAAAAUGUGUCUCUUAUCAGUGCGAAAAGUAGCAAUGUGUCUUCGGCACAGCUAAAAUCCGGGUCAUCGGCCUAUGAAACUCAAGGAAGUGAUGAUGCUGACUCUUAUGUAUCUAGUUUAGUUUCCUCUAUCAAUUCAAAAUGUACGGAGACUUCCAAAGGUAGAGAAAAGUCAUCAGCGAUAGGAAACACUCAAAACCCGGACUUGAAUAAACAGCAGCAAAUUGUUGAUGAAAGUUUACCAGAAGAACUAAUAGUGAAGUCACAUUUACAUCAGCAGAUUACCAGGGUAACACCUCCUGAAUCUAAUAUGGCAGCAAAUGUUUUGACUGAAAGUGAAACUUCAAUAAAUCUCCUACCUCAACCUACUGAUUUGGCAAAAUUUCAGUCACCAGUGCAAAGUAAAACCCUGCAGAUGGCUUCUGGUCCAAACACACAUUCUAGCAUUUCAUCUGCAGAAAAAAUAUUGGUUAUGCAACAAUCAGGAGACAAGAGCUAUGGAAAAUAUAAACCAGUGGAAGUUUGUAGUUCAAACUCCCCUCUAACGGACAGUUUACCUCAGAUUUCUGAUGCUGAAAUAUCUGUUCCCCUGAAAGAAACGUCAGCUUUUACAACAAAGAAAAGCAAUUGUGUCCUACCAACGUCCAAAGAGGAGAAUCUGCAUACGCAGGAGGAAAUCCCGGAAGUUUCUGUAUUAAGGGGAGACAGCAAUCAGGAAAAGGAGGGAACACAUGAAGAGAAGGAAUCUAACACACAUUCCACGAAUUACGUCCGAGAUUUGAGUGAGAUAUCUUCAGAUACAAAAAUUGAUGAACAAGUAAGGUCACCAGUGUCGGGUCCGCCGCGGGAUAAAGGGCAAGAGCUCGCUGCUGCAACUAGUGAAGAUGCUCGAGACGGACACGGGAGACAAGAUGAAGCCAAUAAAGAUCUGCCACUGACACAGGAAGGACAACUCAAUGCUGCAACUGACCAAAGUCUUCCACAGCGACAGGAAAUCAUUUCUGCAGCUGCACAGGAUCACCUGAUAUUGCCCACUGCUGCAACUGACAAAGGUCAUACAAGGGAUAAGACAAGACAUCUCACGACUACAGUUGAUCAAAUUUCUGAGCAAGAUCAGCAGGAUCAAUCUACUGCAAAAACUUGUAAAGAUUCUCCAACACAGUCUCCAGGAAAUCAGCUUAAUGCUGCAGCUGACAAAGGUCCUACAGGGGAUAAGACAAGACAUCUCACGACUACAGUUGAUCAAAUUUCUGAGCAAGAUCAGCAGGACCAAUCUACUGCAACAACUUGUAAAGAGACUCCACAGUCUCCAGGAAAUCAGCUCAAUGCUGCAACUGACAAAGGUCUUACAAUGGAUAAGACAAGACAUCUCACGACUACAGUUGAUCAAAUUUCUGAGCAAGAUCAGAAGGACCAAUCUACUGCAACAACUUGUAAACAUUCUCCACCACAGUCUCCAGGAAAUCAGCUUAAUGCUGCAGCUGACAAAGGUCUUACAAUGGAUAAGUCAAGACAUCUCACGACUACAGUUGAUCAAAUUUCUGAGCAAGAUCAGCAGGACCAAUCUACUGCAACAACUUGUAAAGAGACUCCACAGUCUCCAGGAAAUCAGCUCAAUGCUGCAACUGACAAAGGUGGUGGAUAUGAUCAGGGGCGAUUACUCACCUCUACAGCUAAUAAUGGAACACCACAGGUUGAGGGGAGAACAGAUAUUUCUUCAGCAGAUGAAGGUUCUCUACAGGAGCAGGGACAGGAAGUCACUUCUUCAAUGGAUAAAGAUCCUCAACAGGAAAAAGAGACAUCAGUUAUUUCGGAAACUGACAAACAUGCACCAAUCAAUCAAUUGAGACAACCCAUUGAUGCAACUGAUACAAAUUAUCCACCAGAACAACAGGAACAACACACUACUGCAAGUGAUAAAGAUUCCCUAUUGACUAAGCAACACCAAUCCAUUUCUACAAUUGAUACGGAUCUCACACAGAAUCAGGUGAUAUUACCCACUGAAGCAGGUAACAAAAAUCCUCUACAUGAACAGGGGAGAUCACUCACAGCUCAAACCGACAACGAGACUGUACUGUUGGAGGGGAGGCAACUUGAUUCUUCAAUCAAUAAAGGUUCUCUGCAGAAUCAGGGGAGACUACUGACUACUGCAGCUGGUACAUGUCUUACACAGGAUCAAGGGCCGCAAAUCAUCGCUGUAACUGAUAAAGAUCAUCCACAUGAUCAGGGAAGCGUAUUAGCUUCUACAAUUGACAAAGAUUCACCGCUCGCUGAGGAUAGACAGCUUGGUGCUGCAUCAGGCGGGGAUUCUUCAGAGGAACAGGGGAGAUUACCCACUACAACAGUUGACAGAAACUUAAUUCCAUUGGAAAGUUCUUCUCAGAAAGUAGAAAGGGAUGACCAACCUUUCAACGAAGACAUUGAUUCUAGUGAAGAGAAUAUGAUUGCAGCACCCUCAGAGAAUGUGACUGAAGUGUCGGAUGGUUCUGCUAGAGAAUACCCUGACAAACAGGAACUAAAGGAAAAAGAGCCAACUAACCCAUCAUCAGUGGACAGAAACAGUGUUUUUACACAGCCAUUGACAUCUACGAAACCAUCAGGGGCUAGUGACUCCCAGAGCAUGAGCUCUGAUGAGGAUUUCCACUUCUCACAGGAAAGUUACAGUGAAAUGCUCACAGUUAGUGAUGAAAAUGAAUGGAUAGUGAAAUCCAACCUGUCUACAUUGCACUACUCGGGAACGCAUGCUGCCAAUUAUAUAAGUUCAGACAGCAAGUCUUCUUCAGAACUCAAAUCUGCUGCUGGCGAACGUCCUUCUGUAGGUAAACAGCUUCCAGAUUCAAGUGAUCAAUCAUCAACAACAGCAGUGCCUUCUACAUUGAAGGAAAAAGGCAACAGUUCUCCAAAAUUCAAAACCAUGUUAGAAAGGAAUGUAUAUCAGCAACGAACUACCACUGCCAAACAUCCAGUUAGUAGACAGGGGACAAGUGAUAAUCCUCAGCCAGUCCAGAAAAAACAGGACACGCAAGAAAGGGACCCAGAACUUGAAAAACUCAAGCAAAUCCAGGUCCAAGGACCUUCUGCCUUGGUGCAACAAAAACCACAAGAUGGGAACCAGCCACAGGGCAGAGGUCUUUCUCCAGUCCCUCAACAAACCCAGGUACAGGUUGUGAACCAGCCACAGGGCAGAGGUCUUUCUCCAGUCCCUCAACAAACCCAGGGACAGGUUGUGAACCAGCCACAGGUCAGAGGUUUUUCUCCAGUCCCUCAACAAGCCCAGGUACAGAUUGUGAACAUGCCACAGGUCAGAGGUCUUUCUCCAGUCCCUCAACAAACCCAGGUACAGAUUGUGAACAUGCCACAGGUCAGAGGUCCUUCUCCAGUCCCUCAACAAACCCAGGUACAGGUUGUGAACCAGCCACAGGUCAGAGGUCCUUUUCCAGUCCCUCAACAAACCCAGGUACAGGGUGUGAAUCAGCCACAGGGCAGAGGUCCUUCUCCAGUCCCUCAACAACAAACCCAGGUACAGGGUGUGAACCAGCCACAGGGCAGAGGUCCUUCUCUAGGCCCUCAACAACAAAGACAAGUACAGGAUGGCAAUCCUACAGUGGUCAGGAGUCCUUCUCCUGUUUAUGCUCAACAACAGACUCAAGCUGUGAUAGAUGUGAAUGAUUAUGUUUUGCAGGAACAUGAAAAAAUCAUGGCUGCAAGGAUGAGUAUAUUUAAUCUGACACAACCCCGAGAGCGAUUAGGCAUUACUUCAACUGCACCGAACAACAGUAGUGUGAGUAACUUGAAUAUGUUACAAACUAACAAUCCUUCUCCACAAUCGAUGUCCUGCCAAGUUGUGGGAACACCCAUGGCAUCAAAUCAGGUCCGCCAGAGUAGAGCGUCCCUACCGUCCCCAAGACAACCUGUCGGCCAGUUUAUGGCCAUUGUACCAGAGACAAGCAUGGCCACAGGCAUCAGAGUAGGACCUCUCAAUACAAUGCAACAAGUCAGAAUACAGGGUAAUACAAACCGUCAGCAGUCAGGAUUACCUUUUCAGCUGUCGUCGUUUCCACAGAUCCUCGGUGUUGCACCAGCAGGAUUUCCCAACAGUAAUCCAGCAAUUCAGCCGAAUAUUUUACAAAUGCAACAGCAGGGAUUGUUACCACAACAAGCUAAUCUGGUCCAAGGUGUUCCUCAGGGGCAAACAACUCUUGUUUCACAGCAAGUUCCUGGAAUUAUUGGAAGGAUGCCAGGUGGAAUAGUGAUAUCAUCGCAGGCUCGUGGAUUCAUUCCACCUUAUAUCCUAUCGCAGGAUGGAACACUACGAUCUACACAAUUUGCAAACAGCACCAUUGUUCAAACCCAGGCUCAGGUUGGGAGCCAGACACAGGUCAGGGGUCGUUCUCCUGUGUCGAUGCAGCAACAAACCCAGACUCAGAGUGGGAACCAGAAACAGGUCAGAGGACCUUCUCCUGUGUCGCUGCAACAACAGACUCAGAGUGGAAGCCAGACACAGGUCAGAGGUCCUUCUCCUGUUUCGGUGCAGUCAAAAGAAUCUGCUAAACCUGUAGGGAAAAUAUCUAAGCUGACAUCUCUCAAAGCAAAUAUCAAAAUUGCUGAACUGUUUCGAAAAUCAAGGGGAGAUAAGCAGUUACAGAAUACAGAAUCGCCACAAGUAGCUGAGCCUGCAGUAAGCGAUACACAAACCAGUAGCAUACAACCAGAUACAGAAACUGCAACUGUAAAACCAGAUACAGGAAAUGUGACAGAGCAACCAGUAUCAGCUAACGUUAAAAAGAAAGGUAAAGGAAAUUUUCGGAAAGUUGGGCCUGAUUACCUGUGUAUUUCUUGCAAGAUAGAAACACAGUCUGAAAAAGACUUCUGUCGCCAUAUUUGGACACAUUUCCACAUCGCACGGAACCUAUGUACUGGAUGUCGAUCUUCUGCAGAAAACAGUUCAAAAUGCCAGCUUGUAAUGAGUGUGAUCGACGGUCUCAAGUAUGGGUGCUCUGUCGGCUCAUCCGAUGCUGAACCUAUUCAGAUCAAAACUGAACCAGAUGACGAUGACGACGUAGUCCUUGUGGAACACAUCCCACCUCCAAAGAAAGCGAGACAUUCCACCAUGGCAAUUAAACAGGAGGCCACUCAAAUUGCUUCAUCCAAAAACAGAGCAGAUGUGUCUGUAACACGAGAAAGGGAAACAACAGUUCAGGAGAUGGUUAGCUCGGACUGUACAACAGAAUCUAGUCGACAAGAAACGACAUCAGGUGUCUUUUCUGCUGAGGCUGAGCAAAGAGAUGAGAUUGCCCUAAAAGAUUGUCAAAAGGAAUCUUGGGGAACAAGGUCCUCGUUGGGCGACGAGACAGCUGGUACAUCUAUGAACACGGAGUCUGCAGCACAAGGGAAAAGUUUAGAUGCUGAAGCUGAGGUGAUGAAAGACAAUUCCUCUACAGUAACCACAGACACUGUCAGCACACUUAACACUGUCAGCAACAAGGAAGAUCGUGCGUCAGCAAGUAGACUUGUUGUUGGUGAGAGUGGUCGAAAAUUAAUAUGUCAGUUUAUUGCGAGGAAAAAAGACCAAGCAAAACAAACUAAGUCUAGUACGGCAGAGAGUGAAAACGUCCGUACCGAUCAGUCUGUAUCAACUGCAGAACUCAUGGUUAGUGAGAGCGGUGGGAACAGGUCUAUUCCAGGGGAACACCAGGGAAAACGAACCGAGUCAACGGAGAGUGAAAACACCAGUACCAAUCAAUCUGAAAACACCAGUACCACCAAUCAAUCUGAAAACACCAGUACCACUCAAUCUGAAAACACCAGUACCAUUCAAUCUGAAAACACCAGUACCAAUCAAUCUGUUGCUCAGAGUGCCGAAGUUGAUCUAAGUCCUAUACCAUUAGAAAGAACCACAGGUAACUUCUACGUUUGUGGCGGGUUUGAUUUGUGUCAGUUCAGCUGCCUGACUAUAGCCGACUUCUACAAGCACAUGUCUUCUGUACACAAAUCCGCUGUGUCGUUUUUGUGUGUUCACUGUGGAUGUUUAUGUCCUUCCCCUCAGCUGCUGAUGCGCCAUCUGAACUCGCAUCUGAAAAAAACAGCCCUUUUCUUCUCUUGUUGCAUCAGUGGCUGCAGAUUUCAGACGAAUCUUCUGCAUGGCUACAGUUCUCAUUUAGGGACGGUCCAUUCGCGAUGUACCACCUUAAGUUGCCCUUUCUGUGAGACAUGUUUCACAUCGGUCAACCUCUUAAUUCAGCACAUUCAGGAGAAUACUUUAAAGUUUGUGAAGUGUCCACACUGUAAAGUCGCAGACACAGAUGUCACGCUCAUCAAACGGCAUUUGGCGUCGACCCAUCCCAGCGAAUCUCGCCGCGUGAUGGUAGCUUGUGAACUUGUAUGUAAAGAAAGACUGAAAAACAAUUUCCGGGAAAGAACCGCCACGAACGAAUCUUCUACUACUCCGUCUGCAGGGAAUGACACAUAUGUGAUGGAGGUACCAAAGCAAGCCGAUACGACUGUUCAAACAUUUGAGCGACUGUCUGAUACAUCUGACGAAGAGGAGGUUAUAAGGGCAAAUGAGAAUCAACAACCAGCCGAGGCACCGGACAAUGCAGUAAGCUCAAGACCAUCGUUGUCACUGAAAAUCCAAGCAACAGUGGUACGUGAGAUUUCGGCGUGUGAUUCUACCGUGUCGCCAACACCUUCUCCGUCGCACUUGGACGGUUCAGCUACCGAGGAGGAUCCACAUUCGUCUGAUGUGGACAGCACUGUAUCCACCAGACUGCAAAAAUGUUACCAGUGUUCCUUCACAAGCAAAGGGAAGAUUUCUAUGGUGCGCCAUGAGAAAAUUCACACCAUGAAAUGUCGAGACGAAAAAGUGUUUGCGUGCCCUCUUUGUCCAGACGGCAUGGCAACGAUACAGUUGUUCCGUGAUCAUAUGAAGAAUCAUAUUGGGAAUCAUAGUGUGACUAUGUACUACUGUGACCUCUGUCAGAUCGCCGCGAACAAACGGGAGACGAUUCUAACCCAUGGCAGGCAGCUCCAUAGUGAAUUUAAUGAAACCACUGACAUCUCGACGCGCGAUAUGAAGUUUUCAUUCCAGGGUUUUGUGUGUGACAAAUGUGAUUAUUGUACAACAAGCCAGACAGUUUACGAUAAACAUGUCGAAACACACGUGGAGGAGAAUCCCCCGACGCGAAAAAUGUCGGUGGAUCAAAAGUGUCCGUACUGCAUCUACCAUACACAAGAUGAAGUUACGUAUGAUCUACAUAUCACAAACAUGCACCAGAAACAGCUAAAUAAGGAAAAAAGGAAUCGGAAAUCUUCAUUGGAGUGUGACAAUUCAAAACGUUUGAAAUCUGUGCCUAAUGAAUCAGAAUCUGCAAAUCCAUCCAGUCCAUCAAUCAAUUCUUUUGAAAACCUUCCGGACAAAGCAAGCGUAUCCAGCACAGCAACGGAGCAAUCACAUGAUCAUAAUGACCAAUCAGAAACGUCGACAUCCAUGAUGUCUCAGGAAAAUGUAUCUCGGUCACAAUCCAAAUCAAACGAUUUGUAUCAAAACCAGGUGGCCAAGAGAUAUCGCUGCUGUGAAUGUCCCAAAGGUUUCUCCUCGACGGAUCAGUUAAAAAUACACCUGGAAUUUCAUGCCAAUAUAACAAAGCAAAACUACGAAAUAAAGUUGUUGAGGUGUUCUCACUGUGAUUACUCCACCACAGAGAGGCUGUGGCUAGAACGACACAACCGCCAACAACACAAGAACAGCUCAAAGUCAACGAAGCAGCGAAGGGAGGUAAUCCAUGUAGGCCAGGGAACGACGAAGACAUCGAACACAUCUCGGAAGGUUAUACAACCAGCAGUGGACAAAAAGGCGUUCUUGAUUCCUGUACAAUCAACUUUCUCUCAACCAGUCGCGUGCUGCGAGUGCGACUUCUCUACAAGAGACCGUGCCAGUUUAGUUAUCCAUGUCACCAAUCAUGCAACGCUGUACCCACGUUUUGAGGACUCUACUGAUUCAGCAGAGGAGAAAGAGAAAGAAGACUCUGUAACUGGCCAGGAGGAAAGGAUUGACGAUACAAAUGAUGUUGAUAAAAACAGCAAGAAAUCGGACAGCAAGAACUUGUCACUAGAUACUCCUUUCCGCUCGCAAUCUGGGAAUCUUGUUUCUGAGGAUUCUGAACAGGAAGUGAUUGAUUUGUUGACUGAUGAAAGUACUGAUGAGUAUGAAAAAGACGAAAAAGACGAAUCGCAGACGGAUGGGGAACAGCAGUUUGUUGGAUCAAACAGAAACACAUCUCAGAAAACCACUAUGUCCGCAACUAAAUUGAGCAGCAGAUCUGACAAAGUUGCCACAUCAGCACACAAAUCAAUAAGCGACUCGGACGAAGUCACAGGAAGUACGUCUCAGGAAGAGAUGGCUGAGGCAGCUACACUUCGCCCACAAAGAAAGAGUCAAGACUGUGACAGCCUGUUCAGGCUUGGAGGCGACCUGUUACAUGUCAAACUGAAGCCUUGCUUCUCACAAGAAAAGGAUAACAUGUUUCUGUGCGAACUUUGCAGCAGCCACGGCCCGUCUCGUGACAAAUACGAAUUUCACAAACAUUUGCUGACGCACAUGAACCUUUGGUUUUACAUGUGUGGCUACUGUGACUUUCAUUGUUUUGAGCAGUCGGCCAUGACAAGUCACUCGACUAAACUUCACAGGAACCGUCCCUACCAAAUCUUGAAAAUGGAAGUGGAGGAUUUCAGAAAUAGGAUCAAUGAGAUAAUUCACUGCAGAAAGGCGGGAAUAUCUAUGUCAUCGCUGAUCAACACCACCCCUCAAGAGUCUCGUAAGAGUAGGGCGGAGGAAGACAUCAAGGACGCAAGAGGACAUACCAGUAACUCAAAAGGGGACCCAGACAGCGCUAGCAAGUCCCAACCACAAAAUACAUCAUGUGUGGAAAGGUCAAAGGGAGUUGGCAAGAGCUCACCUGAAAAAGACUCGGUGCUUGGGUCAGAGAAAAGUUUGAAUUCACAGAAAACAUCUGGUAUUGGAAAAGUCACUACUGUUGGUGCAUUUCACAAGUGUUCAGUAUGUGGUUUUAAGUCUAAGGACAGGAAUGCUGUUGUCCGACACUUGGGAGUUCAUUCUCAGGUCAACAAAGACCAUUGUCAACAUUGUCCGUUUCAAUCGUCCGUCGCUGGAGAUCUUAGUCUGCACAUGGCCAAAAGGCAUCCGGAAACAUGCAAGGAAAAACCAAGCAAGACUCCAUGUUCCCGCGAACUCAAAGAAUUGCUGGAUGACCAGAAUUCAAAAUCAGCACGGAAAGAUUUAUCUCCAAAUCAGGGUGAAAACAGAACCAGUUCAAUAAGUAAUCAAAGCACAGGAAAAAUCAGUUUGUCUGCCUCGGAAAAAUCAACUGUCAGUAGGACCAGUCCAAAUGUUGGCAAGAAAAGCUUGUCUGUCCUCAAGACUCCUAAGGUCAGUAGAAGUUUGUCUCCCCUACAACAGAAGGGUGCUGUGAAAACCAUUUUCAGACAUAAUGUGAAGAAGAGAACAGGUUUAUACAAGUGUAACUUUUGUCGUUAUUGCUCAAAAUGGGGAAGCAAUAUGGGCCGUCACAUGCAGUGUAGGCACAAUGUGAAGAUCAUUUCUAAGGAGACUGCAGCGACUAACUGCAACAAAAGGAAAGAAGAUGCUGAGAGCAACGAUGUGGAGAGUAGCAAUGCGGAAAGUGAUGACGCGGAGAGUAGUGAUGCAGAAAGUGAUGAUGCGGAAAUUAACGAUGCAGAAAGUGAUGAUGUGGAGAGUAGCGAUGCAGAAAGUGAUGAUGUGGAGAGUGGCGAUGUGGAGAAUAGCGAUGUGGAGAAUAGCGAUGCCAAAAGUGAUGAAACAGAGAUUGAUGAUGCAGAGAGUGAUGAUAAGGAAAGUGAUAACACUCAGGAUGGUAAAAAGGGUCAACGGAAGCCGGUACUCUACACUUGUGAGGUCAAGGUCAAUGCUGAAGGACAUUUCCAGUGCCCUCUGUGUACCGCGAUCCUCCAGUUUAAAUCCAACAUGUACCGACAUGCCUUAGAGGUCCACAAGGCUGACAUCAAGGAAGGCUAUACCUGCCUGUACUGUAAGAAGGACUUCAGGCUGAGAACGCCUUUUCUUAAUCAUUUCAAAACAGAAAAAUGUGACAAACCCUGGUUUCUGUGUACAGCAAGGUUUUGCACAGUUGUUUGCCUCGAUCGACAGAAGUCUAUAAACCACAUGCAGAAAGAACAUUCGUCAAAGAAAAAACCUAUAGUAUUAAAUACAAGGAAAAUGAAACUAGAGAAAUGUCUGAUCAAAGGGAACCUGUUGCAUCGUGUAAAUCGACAAGGAAGACCGUCCGGCAAAAAGGACGAAAAAGCAACCAGUAAAAAGGACGAAAAAUUACCAAGUAAAAAGGUCGAAACAGCAACUAGUAAAAAGGAGGAAAAAUCACCAAAUAAAAAGUAUGAAAAACCACUCAGUAAAAAGGACAAAAGAGCACCCAGCAAUUUGUGUUACACAAAGUCACCGGAGAUGAGAGAUGUGCACUGCGGAAGUUGCGGCCAGGAAAGGAACGGCUGUUUUGCCUACCAGCUUCACUGUAAUAACAAACAUUCGGCACAGGCUUUCUGCUGCUUCUUCUGCAAAAAGUUCGCAACAAUAUCUGUGCGUCACAUGAUGUUCCACACGAUGGACGUCCACAAGGAGAAGGUUCUCAAGUUUUAUCACAUACCAAAGAAGGAGGAGCAUACCAAAAUUGCAUACAAGUUCAAGGCCGAAUUUAAAGGAAAGAAAGCCAAAUCAAACAAAAUUGUUAUAUUAAUUAAUCGUUUCUUUGACAGUACGAGAAAAGUGAAAUCUCCAGAGAAACCGAAAAAUGCAACAGCCUCACCUAAACAGAAAAAGACUUCCGGUUUUGAGAAACCAAAGAAGAAACAAACGUCUUCAGUUUCGAGUUACGCGAGUGAGGAUAAAGGCAAUUACAAGUGUAUGGCGGUCAAGGGCUGCGGUUUUGCGUCCCCCAAGUACGAUACCAUUCAGAUACACAUUCAAAGACACUUAAACUAUAAACCGUACAAAUGUGAAAUAUGUGGUCUGCAGUUUUAUAUGGAGCAGUAUGCUAAAAUGCACCACACCAAGGUCCACUAUUACGAAAAGGCUAGCAUCACUGUUAAACGCACAGCUGCCACUGACGAGAAAAUAACCAGGCUCAUAAGGAAAGGCGAACCCCACUACUUUGAAAAUAAGGAAUUUACUGUAGACGACGCCAAGAAAUUGAGGAAUGGGCCAAAGCGUCUUUACAAAGAACUGCGAGGGAAAACGACGUCCUGGAGGUGUGUUGAAUGUAAAUUUGAGACAAAGUCCAGGAAAAUAAUUACCGACCACGUCUACAAACAUUUACCUAAGAUCUACAAGUGUCCUUUCUGUAAACACACUGGCUAUCCCAGGUACACAGUGGUGGAUCACAUGACAAGGGUCCAUCCGACUGAAAAUGUAGCAACCCCAGUCAUUAACCUGCUCGACAAACCAUACAAAAAAAAGGCAACAAAAGACAGCUCAAGUGAGUCUAGUCCGGCGUCAAACACGUCAUCAGAAUCCUCCGACACCGACGUGUAUUCCGGUGCUGAAGAAGAAAACGUGCCAAGGGCGAAGCGUGUUACUGCCAAGGCCUCAAGUAUUCCCGACCAAAUCCUGGAGUCCUCAGACUCGGACAUCGCUCAACCCAUUCAAACACCAAAAACUAAAACAGCCACAAUAAGGAAAAGGGCGAGAAUUUCAUCAGAUUCCGACGAUGAAAAUGAGGCUUUUGAAAGGAAAACGAAACGUCAAAAACAAAACAGGUCAACCUCAAAGUCAUCUAAGACACAACGUCUUAGCUCUGAUAGUGACGAGAAGACAGAGGAGAGUGAAGAGGAAGAAGAAACCUCUACCUCAGAUCAAGACACUGAUGAAUCUUCCUCAUCUGAUGGUACUGAUGAUGAAGACGACAACAAUGAGGAGGAGGAAGUUAUGGUACCACAUCGAAGAAAACGUCAUCGACCCCUGACUGACGGUUCAAGUGAUGAAAUAGAUCAUGGGCUGACACGCUACUUCUGCCACCAGUGUUGUUUCCGUAGUGAAGAUCUUAAAGUCUACUGCCGCCACCUGGUGACCCACGGAGGUUAUAACCAGUUGUGUCCCCAUCAUCUUCCAGAAAACCUUCGGAGACCCGUGGAAGAGGAACUUGGACGACUCGUGGACGGAACGGCACGGAAUGAGGGGACCACUUUCUGCUGUGCGUACUGUAGUUUCAUGGCCGCCACCUCGUUCCGCGUGAAGCAGCACAUCACCAAGCGCCACCCUGACCACUACACAGACUACAUGGAAAUCCACACGAAACAUCAGAGGUCAGAGGUCAUGGUGGUUGCCAUGCAACCUUCCAUAAUCAUGACAGACAUUUGUAAAAUGGACCUUAUGGAUUUAGCCAUGAUGUUGGCUCAUGAAGGCGUAAGAAUGAACAGUGGAAAAAAUCAUGAGUGUCAAGAUGAAGGGUCAGAAACUGGUGCCACUUGCGCAGGCAGUUCUGGCGAAAAGAAGAGGAAAAAAAUCAGCAUCAUGAGGCCAUCAAAGUAUUACAAAAAGUCUGGUUCCCAUACAAAUGUCCACCAGAAUGAUGUCCUCACAGAUGACAAGGGUAAUGAGAGUUUGUCUGACGCGAGGACGGGGCGAAGGACAGAGGAGAUGAUGGAUGCGGAGGAAGGACCUUCGUCUAGAAAUCAGGAUCUCUCAUCAGGGGAGGCAGAACAACCCCAGAACAUAUUCACUGCACUGGUAAAACUAACACAGGAGGACAGAACUGUGAAUCGGGGGUUUGAGAAUGUUUUAGCGGAGUUUCUAUUGGCUGAAGAAAAAACGGGCACCGAUUCCUCAAGGAUAGUGAAUGUGAAUGAUAAGGAUGAAAUGGAUGUUCCCAAGUCAUCAGGAACUGGCAAAGAUUCUUCGGGAAGUGGAAAAAGUUCUUCAGAGAGUAAAGUUGAAUCCACAAAAAAUCUUUCGUUGUCUUCAACAGUUGAAGAACAUCUCCCUAAAGAUGAAAAUAAUGUGUUAGAAAUUGACAAUAGUUCCAUAACUACUGAAGGAAGUUCUUUAGAAAGUCCAGAAAAUUCCUUUGAACCCAAACCAACAGACACGUAUGAAGAUAUAUCGGAGUGUAGUGACGGGUCCGAAGGUCAGUCCGACCGUCUUGGGGGUCAUCAAACUUCCACGGACGUUAGGGACAAAGGUCAGACAGCUACGGACGAUGUUUGGCUGACCGCUGUGAGCAGCACCACUGACAAUGUGGACGUUGCAGACGGGUAUUCGGACGUGUCUGACUGUACUGAUUCCAUUCUUAUACAGGAUGACAAUUUGUGUGAGGAAUUACCAGAAGCAUCAGAGGUCCCGAACACAGCACUGGACAACAAUUUCUGUGAGGCAACAUCAUACCCGUCAUCAACACUGGCAACAAAAUCAAGAAAGAGCUGUGAUAAGGAAAUAUCCUCUGUAGGGGGCGAUAUGAGGUCUCCGUCGCAAUGUGUCUCCACGGAAACAGAUGUUGAUGGAGGACGUUCGAAGGAUACACAAGGCAAGGUUAAUGACGACUCAGCAAGGACACAGGAAAAGAAUUCAGUUACAGCUAAGGGAAAUAACUCCGAGCAGCAUUUAGCAUUGUCAGAGACCUCACAGACGUCCAAGGGAGAUAACUCCUUGUCAUCAGAGAUCACGGGUGACAAUGUGAUGUCCAGUAUUGACAGUAUGCUGGAUAGUUUGUCGGACAUCCGACAGACGCAUGUUGCAGAGUCAACUGUCAAGCAUUCAGCUGAUAAGGACAAGUCUGUCAAACAUCUAACCGACCAGGAAAAGCCAGACAAUAGUAGUAGUGUCUUGUCCUCGCUUGAAUCCCAGGACUCGGACAAUGAGUCCUGUCUUUCUAUCGGAUUUGAGGUGAACACUGACUCACAGGAACUGUAGUGGAACCACAGGACGACUGUGAGAAUAUGUCGGGUGGGAGUACAAGGCGAAAUCCUACAGUCAAGCAGCAUCAUGCAAUGCAGUGUUAAUUACUGGGCACGAACAAGUUUAACUCAUUCAUCCAUGACAUUUCAUAAUGAUCUAUUCCAACCUUUGAAUUGGAAGAGUUCAAAUAUAUCUCAAGGGGUGAAUGAGUUUAAUAGUCAAUAUUUGUAUGAGAUUACCCGAUUUCAGUUCUUACUGUUUGUGUUGAAAUGUACCGGUUAAAUAAUGAUCUAAGGACUUCUAAGGUCGGGGAAAUAUUGUUAACAUGUUUUAGCCGUUUUAUUGUGAACAUUUUUGCUGAUGAUUUUCAAUGCAAGCUGAUCAAUACUCAACAGGUAGUUGAAUGUUUUAGCUGAUGCAUCAAGGAGUGAUUGUAAUUACAUGCAUGCCUUAUAAUUAUUCCUACAUGCAUUUCAACCAAUUUGAACUGUUUCACAUGUCAAAUGUGUUGUGUUUACUGAAACUAAAUACAUUUUAUUGGCAAAUUUACCCAACAGACCACCCCUGUGUAGACAAGUCUGAAUUUUUCUGACGUUUUAUCGACUUUUUUUAUAUCGGUCUAUCGUCAAUUCCAGCCCUCUAUAAUAUGCAGGAAAU